GAGGGAUCCAGCAAUCCGAGGGUCCCGCCAUUCUUAACUUGAAUUUGUAAACAAACUAGAGUGUUAGGUUGGUGCGCACGUCGAGAUGCCUUGUGAGAUAAUUACUCUGCAGCUGGGCCAGUGUGGCAACCAGAUUGGGUUUGAGUUUUGGAAGAAACUCUGUAGCGAACAUGGCAUCUCGCCAGAAGGCACGCUGGAAGAUUACGCUACAGAAGGCACUGACCGUAAAGAUGUUUUCUUUUACCAAGCCGAUGAUGAACAUUACAUUCCUCGGUCGGUGCUGCUUGACCUUGAACCUCGGGUUAUCCACUCAAUCAUGAAUUCCCCAUAUGCCAAGUUGUAUAAUCCAGAGAAUAUUUACAUAUCAAAACAAGGUGGUGGUGCUGGAAAUAACUGGGCUGCCGGUUACAGUCAGGGAGAACGUAUUUAUGAUGAAGUUUUUGACAUCAUUGACCGUGAAGCUGACGGCUCUGACAGUCUUGAAGGAUUUGUACUGUGUCACAGUAUUGCUGGAGGAACAGGGUCGGGUCUAGGCUCAUACAUUCUUGAGAGGCUGAAUGAUCGCUUCCCCAAAAAAUUGGUGCAGACAUAUUCUGUCUUUCCAAACCAAGAUGAAAUCAGUGAUGUGGUUGUACAGCCAUACAACUCAUUGCUGACACUGAGGCGCCUCACACAGAGUGCAGACUGUGUUGUUGUGCUCGACAAUACUGCAUUAAACCGCAUUGCCACAGACCGUCUUCACCUUUCCAACCCUUCAUUUUCUCAGAUCAAUUCUCUUGUGUCCAACAUAAUGUCUGUCUCCACAGCAACAUUAAGGUAUCCAUCAUACAUGAAUAAUGAUCUCAUAGGCCUUAUUGCCCCACUUAUUCCAACUCCUAGACUUCAUUUCUUAAUGACGGGUUACACACCACUCACCACUGAUCAAGAGGUUGCAUCGGUGAGAAAAACGACGGUGCUGGAUGUCAUGCGGCGUCUUCUGCAGCCUAAAAAUAUGAUGGUGUCAACCCCUCUGGACCGCAAUACACAACAUUGCUACAUCUCCAUUCUUAAUAUUAUUCAGGGUGAAGUGGAUCCAACACAGGUGCAUAAAUCAUUGCAACGUAUCAGAGAAAGAAAAAUGGCACAAUUUAUUCCCUGGGGACCUGCUUCUAUCCAGGUAGCUUUGUCCAAGAAAUCUCCAUACAUCCAGUCUGCACAUAGAGUGUCUGGGCUAAUGCUUGCAAACCACACAAACAUUUCUGCACUAUUCGAGCGAACACUAAAACAAUACGACAAGCUCCGGAAGAGAGAAGCUUUCCUGGAGCAGUUCCGCAAAGAAAAUAUGUUUACUGAGAACUUGGAUGAGCUUGAUGCUUCUCGUGAAGUUGUACAGCAGCUGGUGGAUGAGUAUGUGGCAGCUACUACACCAGAUUAUCUCUCCUGGGGUCUCACUCAAGCAUCUACAGAGUCAUAGAAUUAGUUAAGGAUUUUUUGGUAUUUUAAUAAGUUUAAUAUAAAAAGCCUUUCUCGAGGCAGAAAAAAAAGUGCUGAAAUUGGAAGGCAGGCCAUUUGAGGAAUUUACCUCAAGCCAUAUGCAAAAUGCAAACAUAGUUUUAAAGAUUUUUAAAGUUGUUGACAUUGUUUAAGUUAGAAUAAGAUCUAUUUGGCAUAUUAACCUACAAAUAAAUCUAUUGGGCUUAUAUAUUAGCCAUUAAGAAAUAUAUUCAAAAUAUUCAAUUUAAUAUUGAGACAUUUAAUGCUGAAAUGUCUUGCAUUGUGAGAAAAAUAAUCUAGGAAAGGCAUGUUCCAUUUGUGGGUAGUGAAGCAAUUAUUUAUUAUGCAGUACCUGUAAUACUAUUGUUCAGAAAAUAAUAUUACUGGUUAAUGUGAAUUCUUUGCAUACUUACUCUAUUAGGUUAAAUAUCCUGGGCAAUUAAUGUUAAAACAAAAUCACAGGAUAGUUGCAAUUUUAUAUGUAUAGUAAAAUUUUUUUUUUUUUUUUUCAACAAGUCGGCCGUCUCCCACCGAGGCAGGGUGACCCAAAAAAGAAAGAAAAUCCCCAAAAAGAAAAUACUUUCAUCAUCAUUCAACACUUUCACCACACUCACACAUUAUCACUGCUUUUGCAGAGGUGCUCAGAAUACAACAGUUCAGAAGCAUAUACGUAAAAUUAUAUAAUUAUAUAGUAAAAUUAUAUAAAAAAAAAAGUGUAAAAUUCAUGCUUUUUGUAUACCUCUGUGGUGCAUAUAGAUAUAAGGACUUUACUUUUAACUAACACAAGUUAUUUGCCAUGCUGUACAAUGUUUAAUAAUAGUAAAAUUUAAAUGCACAAAAUUAAAUUACAUCCCUCUUACUCAACCAAUAUGAGAAAAUACAGUAAUGUAAAUAGUGAAAUAUUUGUAUUAAGAUUUUUUUUUUCAGAAAUUACAUUAGAAAUGUAUGAGAAUUUUUCACCCUUCAAGGAAGCCAUGAUGCUGAAGGGCUCUUAAUUUGGAGAAUUGGAGCUACUCCAUUUCCUUGGAUCAAACCCAGUUUUGCCUCAUUCCCCAGGUGCAGUAUGGCCAUUGAGGGUUUAGCACUUCCCCAUAUUUAUUUCAUGUGGGAGUCUAAAGUUGUAGGGGUCAUAUAGUGCCUUGGGGAGCAAUUGUAUUGGAUCCAUAGAACAGGAGGGUGGUUCCAGUUCUUUGAAUCGAACCCUUUACCAGCAUCAAGGCACCUCAACUUGAAGGGCACUUGACCCUAAAAUAUAAUCAGAAAUUCUCAAGAAUGCUUCUCAGAACUUAUGAUUGUUUACAAAAAUUCUAGAAUAUUUUUUAGUUAUUUUUUUUAAUUUGGGAAUUUUUUUAUUGGAUACAUUUUUAAAAUUUGUGGCAUAUAUUUUGUUAGGUUAAUUUUUGGAAGAAAUCAGGGAAUACUAUCUCUCUUGUCAUGACUCCUAAUUGGAAAGAAUUUGCAUAUGAUGUACAAUAUUAUAUACAGUAUAUUAUAGAUGUAAAACUUAACCCCAGUCAAAUUUAGACUUCCAUACUUCCUGUACCAGGAUUUCACUUUUUGUACUACCAUAAGAGAAAACCUAAAAAGAUGAAACCUGCAAAUACUUCUAACAGUCAGUUAUGUUUUGUAAUGCUUGACUUUUCUCAAUUUGCAUUCAUAAUUGUGUAGCUCUCUGAUUGGGCUGAUGCAUUUUUUAUAACUUCAUCAUAGUUAUAUUCAGAAAUGUUAAACAUUUAAAGAUUUUAAAAGUGUUAGCCUCUUGUGUGUUUGAUUUAACAUCAGUUCCUAUGGAAUUCAGAUUUCUUAUUAUGUACUUUACAUUUAUGGGACCUUUGUGGGUUUAGCACUUAGUUUUGACUAAUAAUAAUUUAUAUUUAUGGAUAAGGAUGCAUUUGAGGGGUUCUUGAUCCAAAGAAUUGGACUUUCCUCCCUCUUCCUGGAUUGAAACUUGCCUCCCAUUCCCUCAAGUGGUGUAUAAUGCCUAUGGGUUUAGCACCCUGUUAUUACAUUCAUGGGGGCUGGGGAAGUGCUAAACCCAUAUAGGGAUCAUAGAGCACCUGGAGAAAUGGAAGGCAUUCAGGCUUGAUUCAUGGAAUUAGAGCACAUGUCCAGUUUCUUAGAUCAAGAGCCCUGCAACACCAAGGAAUUGCCCUUGAGGAAUUUGGACUCCUCCCAUUAAUGUAAUACUCCUACAAGAAUCUUUAAAUAAUUUUAUGGAAAAUAUUCCAGUCACUACCACCACUCCAGAAUAACUGCACAUACUGUAUCUAUAAAUUACAUUAAAAUCUGGGGCUUUACAAGCUCACUGUAUACAGAGUAAGUGGGAAUAAAAACACCAUUAUAUCAAAAUGUGUUUACUCAUUCAUCAUGUUCUGUACAAAAGCCACAGCUGAACAAAAUGUUCAACUUUGAUGGCAGUGUUCCACAAAGGAGUUUGAAAGGCUGUAGAAAAGGAAAGUCAAGGAGGUGCAUAUGUUAAAUUAUCCGCCUGCUAUUCAGUUUCAAUAUUUGAGCUGAUAACAGCAGGAAGUUAGUACAGUACUACAAAAUUUAUCAAAUUCUUUAAGAUGGCCUAAAAGUUCUGAAAAUAUAGAAAUUGCAUAUAUAUAUAUAUAUAUAUCUAUAUAGCCUAUAUAUUAUCAAUUUAUAUUAUUGAUCUUUCAUAAACAUGGAUCACAGUGGUACUUAAGACAAAGAAAAACAAAGAAAUAAAAAAAUAUUCAUGUUUAUGGCCAGGAGCUCUUCAUACUUUUAAAUCAAAUAUAUAAAAAGGCAAUCCAGAAAUAUUAAAAAUGCGUUCAACGUGUUAUUGCUUAAAAACACCAAGAAGAAAUAAACAUAGCGGAGUAUCCGAUCUAAGUGCUGACUACCGAGACGCUCACAGUGAGUUUCUGGAAAUACCUGGAGUAUUUAAAAUAUGGACAAGUCUUAGUGAUCAAAGGAAUUUUUGAGUAAAUGUAUUACAAAAUACGGACAGCUGAAUGGAAGUGCUAGUAGAUGUUUACCUGCAUAUGCAUGUCAUUCUUUUUAUACUACAUGCAUGUCUGCAUGUAAAUAAAAUAUAUAUUUACUUAGAAUGUACCUUUAUAUAAUAGAAACAUGAGCUAAAGAGAUGGAAGGAAAGGAAGGGAACUUAUCUGGAUAUAUUUAUAAAAUGACUUACGGCAAUUACAAGCUGAAAAUGAUGACGUGCAAUACUUCAUUUUAUAUACAGUACAGUAUCUAUGUAUGUGUGUAUUAUAUAUACAUGUAUAUAUAUAAUGCACACAUGUACAUACAUACACAUUCAAUACAUACGUACAUAUACACCCCCUACACACACACAGCAGUAAAAUAAUUCAAACAUUGGUUUCCCAAGCAUUUCGUAUGUUUACAUAUUCAGAAGAGCACAGAAUGAUAAGACACCAAUAUAUGCAAAAGAGGUAAGGUAAAAGGUGUUUAAGUAUAUCAUAGUUUUUAAACAAGUCUGAAAGUACAAUACAAUUUAAGUGUCAACAUUAAUUAAAUGAGCCAUAAAUAUAUAAAUGUAGUGUAGGAUUAAAAGAUAUUGAAUCUGAUACAAAAUGGGAGUUGCCACAAUUGUUCUUUGCCAUUGACAUUUCUUUCAGGAGAUUCUGAAGAGAAGUUUUGAAGGUUGGUAGAGGAAUCUAUGAGGGGUAUGUAAAAGUAGGAAAUUAAAAGUGAAUGCAUAAACUAGCUAGGUGGUGAUAAAAAAAAAAAAUGGAUAGCAG